AAAGUUUUUAAUAUUUAUACAUUUAAAUUUCCAUAAUAUCAAAAUAAAGGUUUAUAACCGCAAUUUAAAUUUUAGGCAAAAGCUCUGUGAAGUUUGGGGCGCAAUGUGAAACAAAAAACAGGAACGGACAAUAUGAUAAAAAAGAAGAUACAGUUCCGAAUGUAUUCAAUGAUAAACUAAAAAUGAGUGAUAUAAACAGUGAAAAUAGUGACAGAGGCAGACACAAAAUUGAAACAAGGCUAGAGGGUGAAGGAAAUUCAAAUGAAAAAUGUAGUUCUGGACAAACAUUUCAAUUAGUCAACAUGUCUAACACAAGACCUUUACAAGCUGUAGACAAUACAGUUGAUACCAGGGAUACCAGGGAUACCAAGGAUACUGUUUCAACCUCUGAUAAUAUGGCUAUUAGAAAUCUAAAAGAAACCAGAUUUGCCUUGAAAGCCUCGGCCACAGUUCCUCAUCAAGACAAUUUUCCACCACAGGCGGGGAAUUCUACCAUUGGAACUAUCGACAACUAUGGAAAAGGUAGCAGGGAAGCAAAACUAUUAAAUGAUGUGUAUGUUUCUAGUCGAGAAGGAAAACUAUUGAAUGGCGUGUAUGGUUCCUCAAAUAAUCAAGGUGAGGACAGAUCUGCACUCUACCAGCAUACUCUGAAUAUAGAUGAGGGAAAUACUAGGUUUACUGCAAGUACUCAACCUUCUCCUGGAGAUAAAUACAUCUCAGAACACUUAGUUAACCCAAACAAUUCUGGAGUGUAUAAUCAAGCCUCUAAAAGUUACAAAGAACCGUUCUCAAGAAAAGUAAAAUUAGGAACCGGUUUACAUGAACCAGGUCCAGAAUAUAAGGAGGAGGCAGGAUUGGAUAAACUAGGUUCCGGGACCUCUAACUCCUCAUCUAAUUCCAAAGUUUGUUCUAAACCAGGAACACUUGAAGCUAAUAUGCGAACCAAUCUUCAGAAGUAUAAGGUAAACAUACAG